UUGAUCUAAUUAUAGCUUUUAAAAUUAUCUCAGUAAGUUUAGUCGUUAACUGAAUUUCAAUUGUGAAAGAUGAAUUCGAGUGGUGUAUUUAACAGUGCUGUUAGAGUCAAAAGAGAGCCCUGUGAUGAGCUGCUUACCGAAACUGAUUAUAAGGCAAUUGAUAAGAUUCUCGAUACUGAAAAAGUUCAAUGCUCGAGAUUUCUACAAGAAAAUCCAAUCAAAAUGCUUCAAGAAUAUGACGAAAAUCAUGAACGUGAGUUUAAUGAUGAUAUAGAGAUAGUUAUAGAAUGCGAAGACGUAAAGCCCAGUAUGGAUUUAUUAGUAGUUAAAAAAAUCGACGAUUAUCCUUCAAAUCACUUGCAGGAUGUGAAAUGUAGUUUUGAUUACAAAACUAAUGAUAGAAUUAAAAUAGAACCCGUGGAUGAAGUGAAACAGGAAUUUUUCGACGAAGAAGCAACGAAAUUGAGUUUCGGUCGUGGACUCGGCGAACAAAAUGAAAAAAUUACGGAAAAGUUUAAUAACAAAAAUAGGCUCAAAGCACACGCCAGCUCGGCUCGCGAAGAUAAAAGUCAUUCGUGUAAAAUAUGCAGAAAGAAAUUUGCAAGUAAGCCUAAUUUGAAUAGACAUGUCAAAUCAUCGCAUAAUCACAUCACCCACGCAUGUGAUGUAUGCGACAAGACAUUUUCACGAAAAGGUUAUCUCAAAAUCCACAUCGAUUCAGUACAUAAUGGUCUCACUUAUAAAUGCGAUAUAUGCGGCAAGACAUUUUCACGAAAUAGUCAUCUCAAAAUCCACGUAGAUUCAGUACAUAAUAGUCUCUCUUAUAAAUGCGAUACAUGCGGCAAGUCGUAUACUUAUAAACAUCAUCUCAAGACCCACAUCGAAUCAGCACAUAAUGGUCUCACUUAUAAAUGCGAUAUAUGCGGCAAGAAAUUUUCACGAAAAGGUCAUCUCAAGACCCACAUCGAAUCAGCACACAAUGGUCUCACUUAUAAAUGCGAUAUAUGCGGCAAGAAAUUUUCACGAAAAGGUCAUCUCAAGACCCACAUCGAUUCAGUACAUAAUGGUCUCACUUAUGAAUGCGAUACAUGCGGCAAGUCGUAUACUUAUAAACAUCAUCUCAAAAUCCACAUCGAUUCAGUACAUAAUGGUCUCACUUAUAAAUGCGAUAUAUGCGGCAAGACAUUUUCACAAAAAAGUAAUCUCAAAAUGCACGUAAAUUCAAUACACAAUCGUGUCACACAUGCAUGCGAUGUAUGCGGCAAGACAUUUUCACAAAAAGGUCAUCUCAAGACCCACAUCGAAUCAGCACAUAAUGGUCUCACUUAUAAAUGCGAUAUAUGCGGCAAGAAAUUUUCACGAAAAGGUCAUCUCAAGACCCACAUCGAAUCAGUACAUAAUGGUCUUACUUAUAAAUGUGAUAUAUGCGGCAAGUCGUAUACUUAUAAAAAUUCUCUCAAGACUCACAUCGAUUCAGUACAUAAUGGUCUGACAAAUAAAUGCGGUAUAUGCGGCAAGACAUUUUCACGAAAAGAUAGUAUCAAGACCCACAUCGAUUCAGUACAUAAUGGUCUGACAUAUAAAUGCGGUAUAUGCGGCAAGUCGUAUACUUAUAAACAUCAUCUCAAGAUCCACAUCGAUUCAGUGCAUAAUGGUCUCACUUAUAAAUGCGAUAUAUGCGGAAGUAGGUACUCCAAAAAGGGUUAUCUUAAAAAACACAUCGAUUCGGCCCAUAAUGGUAUUAAUACGCAUGCAUGUGGCAUAUGCGGAAAGAAAUCGAUAAAUAAGAGCGUUCUCAAGAAGCACAUCAAUGCGGUGCAUAAUAAAAUCACUCACCCAUGUGAUAUAUGCGAAAAGAAGUUCUCAUUUAAAAGUAAUCUUUACAAACAUAUAAAUUCAACGCACCUCUUAAAAAAAGUCAUUUUCACAAAAUUUUAAUCUGAGAAAAUACAUCGAUUCUGUGCACAAUAAAAUUACUCACACAUGCGACCCAUGCGGGAAGAUAUACCCAAGAAAGAUGCUUCUUAAAGCUCACAUUAACCCUUUAUUCACGCAUAAUAACUUAGUGAGUGCAUAAACUGUAAUGUACUUAUCUGGAAGAAUAAUCCAAAAAUUUUUAUUUAUAAUACACAUUACAGUGAAAAUUAAUGAAUUCUCGAAAAAAAAUGAAGCACAUUAUUAAUUGUAUACUAAUAAACACAUUUAAUCACGUUUAUGUCAA